AUGGAUUCACAAACUCCUCAAUCCGGUUACUACACCAAUCUUAUAACUGAAGAUGAUCUUGGUUUUGAAUGCACAAAUGAAAUUAGUGAACACCAAAAGGCUUCACCCCAACUUGAGGUUGAAUCUACUAUUAAAAAAUCGUGUCGGGGUAGCAACUUCACCAUUGCCGAUGACAAUUUGCUUGUGGAGGCGUGGCUUUAUGUUUCCAUGGAUGCUGUUCAAGGAAAUUUGCAAAAACAUAAGAUUUAUUGGAAAAGAAUUUGUGACUACUUUCACGAACACAAGACACAUGGAGCCAACCGUAAUCAGAACUCUCGAAUGAAUCGGUGGUCAAUCAUUCAACUUGCAAUUGGACAGGCAAGACUAAUGUAUUUAGAUGUUCAAAAAUCACCAUUUCACUUUGAACAUUCUUGGCUUAUUUUGAGGUUUCAUCCAAAAUGGGCGGCUCAUAUGGACAAUGUAAAAACACUGAAGAAAAAGCCAAAUGUGAUAAAUAUAGGCGAUGAGGAAGCCUUUCACAAAGCUUUUGAAGAGAUAGAGCGACCAAUAGGCCGGAAAGCUGAAAAGGAGAAAUGA